AUGACACUAGCUCAACAAGGAAAAGCUAUUGAUGAGAAAUUAUUGAAUAAUUAUGUAAAUCGAGAACUACUCACUCCAACAGUUGAGAAAAUAACUGAUUUAGAAGAUCGCUUAAUUCGUCUACUUCGAAAUGAUCAACAAAAGAAUACUCUCUGUUUUCAUUAUAAUGAUCUCUGUGUACUUAAUACUAUUCAAGUAGAUUUAGUACCAGAGAAAAAAGAUGUUAUUAUACGACAUGUUGAAUAUGAAGUUACCAGCAUGAAACCUGCAGAUGAUUCUGAUGGUAUACAGAUGUUUCGCAUAAGUCAAACAUAUAUAGCAUAUCUUCAUCAACAAUUAAAUGGAAUUCGUGUAUAUUUAAAAAGUAUCAAUGAAAAAAAUUUUAAAAAUGCUCAUGAUUUUGCAAAUAUUGAAAAAACAUUACAAAUCCUUGGAUCAGAUUCAACAACUAUCGAUCGAUGGGCUACAGGUCCUAAUGAUUAUUGGGCAACAAUUCAAAUUGGUCUUACUGAUUUACCAAGUGAAAUGAAUGCUAUUUCAGAACGAAUAAAUGAAAGAUAUAAACGUGAUGAUGAAGUUAUUAAUGAUCAUUUUCAUUUAUUAAUCGAUUUACUUCAAGGAUAUAAAGAUUUAUGUAGACGAUUUGAAGAAGCAUUACAUAAUGAACAAAAAGCUAUUCAAAAAGCAAAUAAUCAACAAAGACGUUCAUCAACAACAACUGAUACAACACCAAAAAAUGAUAAUAAUCUUGAAACGAUUGAAAAACGUAAUAGACAUGGUCUUAAAUUUGUACAAAUUGAAACACAAGUAGUUUAUGCAAAUUUAGAAGCCUUUGUUUGCAUCUUAAAUAAUCUUGGUAAUACUCAAUGCCAAGGAUCAUCGGAUCUUGUCAAUAUUUGGAAAUCAUUUGCUAGUAAAGUAUCUCAACUUGGACAAAAUUAUAUAAAUAAAUUCUCAAUACAAAAAUCAACUACAAUUGGAUUGAAAAAAUAA